AUGCAGUGCCCUAAAGGUUCAUUGGUGGGACAUCUAUCAUCAAGCUCUUAUGUCUUUAGCUGCCCAAGUACGCUGACGCAAACUUCUGCUACGGUUCAAGGUAAUCUUGAAAGCAUACCUGAAGCGGUGGAAGAGGAUCACAUAGUUUUCACUAACACAGGUAAUCUUGAAAGCAUACCUGAAGCGGUGGAAGAGGAUCACAGAGUUUUCACUAACACAGGUUCCCCAACAGAAAGCUUUGUUGCGGACGAUAAUCAGUCUGAAGAAGAAGAUGAUGAGUACUUCAUAUUUGCUGGCAGAGGUAUUGCCAUUGUCGUGGAUGCCUUACUUCCCUACAUGUAUUGCACAAAAACUGCAAGACCUAUAUAACACUAUUCAUCUCAU